CGCAUGCAAGCCGUAUGUMACUACUACUACAAAACARCGCAAUGCACAACGCAAAAAKAUACAAGCAACGAUCGGCAACUCGAAAUACUUUCGUCGUACUACGCCUAGUUUCCAAUUCUUACUUCUAGCUCAAACAGAGAACAGAUUUUGAAGCAAAAACGAGACAAAAUGGACGCGACCAGGAACACAGCGUUGGAUCUGAACGAAGCUGCCUUUGCUUCGGUGAAUUAUUAUUCUGACGACGAUGGAGGUUGCUCUUCCGGGUGCAAGGGCGACAAGGACGGACCCCUGCGAUUGGACGAUAUUGACAUCGAUAUUGACAUCGAUAUUGACAUUGAUAUCGAACAAGAGCAACCGCAAAAGCGAUCGCAGCCUUUUGUGCCAAGAAAGGAUACCUCUUCCCCAAGCCUGCUUUCCAAUUAUCGUUCGAGGAGAGGCUGCUACAACAACGGUAUGGGCAAGCAUUACAAAUACCUUAAGCGGGGAGGGAAAGAACGAAGAGGCUCUCCGACUGAGCUCUGUCGCAGUUUGUUGCUGUUGUUCGUUGCGAUUGGGAUACUAGCUACAGCGAUUUGGUCGAUUGUCCGUGUUGYUUUCUCUCAAAAUCUCCCAGAGGCAACGCCGGGUCCGAUUUUUUCCAUUAUUUCGCAAUCCAACCACGACAAAAACACGGGCUUCGACGUUCCGUUUGCCAAUCGACACAAUCUGCAUUUCGAUGGAAUUCUUUUUGUCACAGACGACGAGAAGCAGGAACAAAACGAAACAUUGGCCCCUUUGUCUUUUCAUGCUUACGCCAAGACGCURGAUCCCGUGACGGAACUGUGCUUUUCGCCCGGCGAGUCCAAUACUACCAAGGAAAUCAUCCUCACCACAAGCGCCCCCGAGUUGCUCAACGAACCAAAAGUCCACAGCGAUCCUUCUGCUGCCAUGGCGUCCGAGAUUGCUGUCUUGAGCAUCUUGCUGCAAUCGAACGGCGAAAUCUGGCUUCCGCAGAACACGCUGGAACGCAUAGAGGUUUCCGUGGAAACGGGGGAAUCGACGUCUGAACUUCCCCUGUCGUGGGUGAAAACCGGGGGAGCGGACGUGCUCGAUCUGAACCUGGGUCGGAGGAUCACCAAGAACAUCUACGGCUCCGGCGAUAGGUUCGUUCUGAGAAUCACAACCAAUGCCAUCGCUUUGUUCCGGAACGACGACCGAGAACUGCUCGGCUUGUGGAGGAAUCCCACCAAUCGAGCACUCAUGGGAUCCUGGGAAUCCGUGCCWCUCUACGCCCAGAUAUGGUUCCGAGAGCCGCGAUCUUCCAUGGUGGCAUACGCACAGAACGAGCUCUUGGAUUGAGUUUCUUKCGGACGCGAGAUAAGGGAAGCCUGUAACAACUUGUAACACUAGAAAUAGACUAAAUUUUAAUCC